AGACUUCAACGAAACCUGUCCGCUCCUUGAGCUGAUGACCAAUCGCGCCAUGAAGGAUCGCCACUGGGAGAAAAUUGGCGACAUUACCGGUCACAUUUUCAACAUUGAGAAUGAAAAUUUCAGCUUGAAGCAUGUCAUGGAAGCGCCCAUCUUGCAAUUUAAGGGUCUCGUGGAGGACGCCUGCAUCGGGGCACAGGAGGAACGGGAAAUGGAGAUGAAGUUGAAACAACUUCAACUCGAUUGGAGCACGGUCCCCCUGCUUUUCGCCCAUUUUAAGAAUCGUGGCGAAAUUCUGCUCCGUGAGGCGGAGACGAUGGAGACCAUGGCGUCGUUGGAUAAAUCCAUCCUCGUCGUCCAAGCCAUGAUUGACAAUAAGUAUCACGGUUUCUUCAAAAAAGAGUUGAACACCCGGCUAGGCGAUUAUACGAAGACGAGAGGGAUUUUGGAGAUGUGGCUGCAAACUCAGACGCUGUGGAUGGACAUGGAGGCCGUCUUUGUGGGGGGUGAUAUCGCGAGAAAUAUUCCCCUGGAGGCGAAACGAUUUAACAACUCUAACCGAAACUGGAUGAAGAUAAUGCAGGGGGCGAGAGAAAACCCGUUCGUCAUUUCGUUCUGCGUCAGCGACGAGUUCAUGGCGCAAAUCCUCCCACAUUUGAAGGAACAGUUGGAACUCUGCGAAAAAGCGGUCAACGAGUUUGUCGAGCAGCAGGAAAUCGCCGCGGCCGAGGCGGCGGCAGCCGAAGCGGCGAAGGAGGCGGCAGAGAAAUUUUAAAAGUAAUUAAAAAGUGGACAAAAUAAUAAUCUGGAAAUUUAAAUGUAAAAA